AUAAUAAACAAAUGAAUUUCAUCUACUAACCAUAAAGAUAUUGGCACUUUAUAUUUUAUAUUUGGACUAUGAUCCGGAAUGCUAGGCUCAGCAAUAAGAGCUUUGAUUCGAAUCGAACUUUCUCAACCCGGCUCUUUCUUAAAAAAUGAUCAAAUAUAUAACGUUCUAGUCACUUCUCAUGCUUUUGUAAUAAUCUUUUUCAUAGUUAUACCUAUUAUAAUUGGAGGAUUCGGAAACUGACUAAUCCCCAUUAUAAUAAAUGCCCCUGAUAUAGCUUUCCCUCGAAUAAAUAACAUAAGUUUCUGAUUACUGCCUGUUUCUCUAUCACUACUAAUUCUCUCUUCAUGAGUAGAAAGAGGGGCUGGAACAGGAUGAACAGUAUACCCCCCUCUCUCUUCUUCUUUAUUUCACAGAAGCGUAUCUGUAGAUAUAACUAUUUUUAGUCUUCACUUAGCCGGAGUUUCCUCUAUUAUAGGAGCCAUUAAUUUCAUCUGCACCAUCAUCAAUAUACGGCCAAAAAAUAUAAAAUUAGAGCAAAUAUCCUUAUUUUCUUGAUCUAUCUUAAUCACAGCUGUCUUAUUACUCUUAUCCCUACCUGUCUUAGCUGGAGCUAUCACAAUAUUAUUGACAGAUCGAAAUUUCAAUACAAGAUUUUUUGAUCCCAGAGGAGGAGGGGAUCCUGUAUUAUACCAACACUUAUUUUGAUUUUUUGGCCACCCAGAAGUAUAUAUUUUGAUCCUGCCCGGAUUUGGAAUUAUCUCACAAACUAUUUUUACCAAUAGAAAUAAAAAACAAACAUUUGGCGCUUUAGGGAUAAUUUAUGCAAUAAUAGCUAUCGGAUUAUUAGGAUUUAUUGUAUGAGCUCAUCACAUGUUCACAGUAGGUAUAGACAUCGACUCACGAGCAUAUUUUACUGCCGCCACUAUAAUUAUCGCCGUUCCUACAGGAAUUAAAAUUUUCUCAUGAAUAGCAACUAUUUAUGGAUCAUACUUCAAAUGAAAUAUCUCCAUAAUUUGAAAUAUCGGAUUUAUUUUUUUAUUCUCAAUAGGAGGCGUAACAGGAGUAAUUCUAGCAAACUCCUCAAUUGACACUAUUCUUCAUGACACCUACUACGUAGUUGCUCAUUUUCACUACGUUUUAUCUAUAGGAGCUGUAUUUGCAAUUUUUAGAGGAGUUUUCUUUUGAUGGCCCAUAAUAUUUAGCAUAAGAUUUAAUAAUAAUUUAAUAAAAAUUCACUUUUUCCUAAUAUUCACAGGCGUGAACAUAACUUUCUUUCCUCAACACUUUUUAGGUCUAAAUGGCAUACCUCGACGAUAUUCUGAUUAUCCUGACUUCUUUUAUUUAUGGAAUUGAAUUUCUUCUCUAGGAAGUAUAAUUAGAAUUACCAGUGUGUUUUUAUUCAUCUCAAUAAUUUAUUUAAGAUUAAUUCAUAAAAACAAACUAUUUAUUUAUAACUUCAGAGGCCCAGACUCAGAAUGAUUUGUCCAAAACAGGCCAAUCUCUCAUACCUUUGAUGAAAUUUCUUUUCUAACCCACUAUGUCACACUGAAAUAG